AUGGCGGAAGCUUUCAUUGGUUUGAGUGUGCACGUUGAACAUACGAAUGGCUCGUCAAUAGAGGGAACUGUGUCGCAUAUCGAUUCUCACACGCAACUUUUGACUCUAAAAAACGUAAAUAUUAACAGUAAUGGUCGUUUUCAACAGCUGCCAAUAUACGGUGUAGCAGGCACAGAUAUAAAAGAUCUUACAAUUAUUGCAUCGACUUCAACAGCCAAUAUUCAACAACAACGUCAUGUACAAUCUAGCGUAAAUACGUUCGAGAAUGGAAAGUCACCCUCAAUAAGUACCACCCCUGCUCCAAAUAAUGUAGUCAAUCAAGUAUUGGCAAUACAAACUUCGUCGACAAUGUCACCUUUUUCAGAUCCUGCAAUUAUUUCGUAUUCCCAAGUACCUACUACAUUUCAACAAUCGAAUCCUUUGUCAAGUCCAUAUGGCAUAUCAAGGGCUACUUCACCGUAUGUUAAUCUUCAACAGUUGGUUCAGAAUCCGACGAAGAUCUCCCAAACAGCUUCAACCGUUGAUAGUGAUUCAAAGGGUGAUGAAGAAGAGACAAACGGUUACGGAGAAAAUUCGAAACAUACGGUUAACGGGAAUCAUAUUCAUGGCGAUUCUAGCGGUAUCGAAUCUGAUGCUGCGGUAUAUAGUCAUAAGAAGCAUUCAAGAAGGAAAAAGAAUCCAAAUUCAAACGGUCAAUAUCAAGAUUUCAGAGCCCCUAUAUCUCCUGCAAGGAGAUCUCGACGAGGACGUCGUCAAACACAUGAAUGGGCAGGUGGAGAUGUUAAUGAAUUUAAAUCUGAAGAAUUUGAUUUCCAAGGCAAUUUGGAUCUAUUCGAUAAAGAAAAGGUGUUCGCAGAAAUCAGAGAAUUGGAUUCUACAGCACCGGAGAGUCUUCUUGUUAAUAUAAAUCGUAAUCCCAAUUAUCGUGUUAGUCACCGUAAUGGAAAUCAAUCGAGCCAAAAUUCUCAAUCUAAAUUGGCAUCUCAUGAGAAUGUACUUGAGGUUUCAACUCGUAAAUCCAAGUUUUACCAUACUGAUGAAGAGGAUGAAAUGGGUAACGAUGGAGAAGUUGACUCGGAUAGUUCAUGGAAAAAGAAGAAGAAUGCGAAUGGGGCUGGAGACCAUAAGAAGGUUAAAAUAAGAACGUUAACUGGUGUUUCAUGUCCAACGGUUCAACCUUCGCAAAUGGUUGAAGUUGAGCGAAUUUCAGCAUUGGAAACUGGUCCAAAUGAUGAUCAGAUGAUCGAAAAUGGCGGCAGAGGUGCUUCCAUGAUGUGCUUACAAGCACUUGGCGGUUCGCGACGUAUACAGCCAAAUAAUCAUAACGCAGCUCCACAAGUCGUAAUACUUGCUGGAAAUAAUAAAACUGGUGCUUAUGGGCUUGCUACUGCACGACAUCUUGCAAAUCAUGGAUGUUUUGUUAUUGUGUGCGUCAAUGUUAUGUUCCAACAAAAGAUUUUACGUCAUACUGGCGGUAAAAUUGUAAAAACAGUUAAAGACCUUCCACAACAAUUUACCAACCCCGUUGAUCUCAUCGUUGAUGCCUUGCUUGGUUAUCAAUUUACUCUACGAGAUAUUGUGGAUGUAAAUGAUAAACAUUUAAUAUGCGAUUUAAUGGAUUGGGCUAAUACUAACAAAGCACCUGUGUUAAGUUUAGAUAUGCCUAGUGGUGUGAAUGGAAGUUCAGGUAACCCCGUUAAUUCUGCGCAUUAUAUCCAUCCAAAAUGGACGCUAUGCCUUGGAGCUCCCAAAAGUGGUUGUAAAUCACGCACGGUAACUGGUGAGCUUUUCUUAGCAGAUAUAGGCAUUCCAAGGGCUUGUUGGAAAAGGAUCGGUGUAAAGGAAUGGGGAAUGCCCUGGGGUAGUGAAUAUUUAAUUGGAUUGGAAUACUAUGUAAUGAAACACACCAAAGAAACGUGA